CCUUGCGGUCCUGGGGGGAGGGGUUCGGGGCCGUUGUGGGAUGGAGGGGAAAUCAGUCACGACCCCAUCAGGCCCAUCUUGUCACGACCGGGGCCUGAGGCCCGAGGCCUGUGAGGUCCUUCUGUCGUGUGUCCCCACGUCCUGCCACUCCCCGAGUCUCACUUCUCUGGGUGCUGUUUCCUCACCUGUGAAGUGGGAUGGUCUCACCUGGCUGGGUUAUUGCUGGAAAUGCUUUGCAAACCCCGGUGCCGUGGCCCCUAGGACCUGGGUCAUGGUUUUACCCUUUUUGUUGAAUGGAUCCGAGUGUGUCAGCCCCUCCCUGGGCUUCCUGCUGCCCUGUCUGUCCUUCCGUCCCCUCUUUCCUCCAAGUCGCAGGCCCCUGCUACGUCGUCUUAAUCCUUGGCCUUUUCCUGCCGCUUCAGGUGGAGUCCAGCCUUUCUGGUACGUGCACUCCUUUCCAGAAGCCAGUGUUGCUCAGGGUACAACAGCUGUGAUGUCAUGCAGACAGGAACGUGGAAGGACAGGCCAGGACUGGGUGCAGGUUUGUGCUGGGAGCAGGCACCUCCAGGCGUCCCAUCCGUACGCAGGCCACAUGGUUCUCACACAGAAACCUCCAGCCCGGGGCUGCUGGGCCACCAGGGCACCCCCAGCGGCACGGAGGCUGCACCGCGUCGCCACCACCCUGUGGCCCAGGGGCUUGUCCUUUCGCGGCGCCUCAGCCGCCCUCGUGUGGCGCCAGGAAGUGGUAUUUGCGGGCAGUACUUCCUCUGGGCGGUUUCUUUCUCUUGCUGUUCUGUGGCCGGACCAGCUUGCCAGCCCCCAUGCCCCUAGUUGCAAGUGGUCAUAUAGUCUUUCAGAAAACUUUUACUGUGUGUUUUGGGUGCUAACAGGCAGGGUAUCGGGUGAGUUGUUACUGGUUUCCAGACAGGAACAGAAGGCAGGAGGAUCACGUUUGUGCCUGACUCGUUGGAAGGGGGUCCCGGCUCCCGGGGGGCUGGGACUGAGGGUGUGGCGUGAUGCCAGAGGAGGAGCUGGACCUUCCCGGGCAGCGGGCUGGGUGAGCCGGGCGGCGAACGUGCAGCGGCAGGUGCCUGAGAAGUGUCUCUCCACUAAGCACGGAGGGACCUGGGCUGUGGGGUCCACGCGUGAGCAUGGGGGUCUCACGGAGCAAGGCAGGACCGGCCCCGGCUGGGCUUGGGGCUGCCUCGCCCGCGUGGUGUGGGGGUCUCACGGGGCUCGGCCCACAGGAAGCUUUUCUGCUUUGGCCACACUCACAGCUGUCCCUCAGGGGACCAGCCUGACCCAGGGCCGCAGGAGGGGGCACGGAGGAGCCAGGAACCUCCCCCUCCCUCACACCUGCUGGGCUUUGGUCCCGGGAGCCCCGCCCUCGCAGCCAGCUUCUCUUCUAGUCUACGAGCUAAUCCUGACCACUGCGGUCACAGUGCUGGGCUCCGUGGGACCAGGGUCUACUGUUGUCACUUAAGAUGGACCUCGGACUUUGGA